GCCUCCUUCUGUCACCUUUGCCCGCUUCUCUCCUUCAUUUUCAAAUUCAAAUCAGUACUCUCUCGCCUUCAUCAGACGAACCCCUCCGCCAUGGACGGCGCAGAACCGCCGUUAUGUCCGUCACCGUCGCAGUACAAACCGCCGUCCACUCUCUUCAAAGACAUCUCCAAUUUCAAAACCCCAAAACGCCCCUCCAAAAUCUCCAAUUUCCACUCCCCCUGCCCCCAAUUCUUCACCGCCUCCAAACACACCCCCCGGACAAACUCGUCCUUUCGCCGCCGGCCUUCGAUUGCUCCGUCCAACUCUGCUCGGACCAAAGCCGCCGUCCGCAGACUCAAGGCCGUAGAGCUCGAGCAGUCACAGUCCUCCCGCAAGGUCCAAAUCAGAAAGGAGCAGUCCCUCAAAUCUCUCGCGAAAUCUCUCACGGUCUGGCUCAAUUUCCUCUUCGAAAACCCUAGAUCCUGCGGCUGUAAUUUUCCGGUCGAUGAGGAUCACAGUCAAACGUUCCGGAAGGGGAAGAGGGACAGCGGGUCGGGCGUUGAGGUUCGGGUAGACGCGGCGUGGAGGGACCCGAAGCGGCAGAGAGACUCGUCGUGGAAAGGUGAAGAUUCCGAAAGUGCCGGUGCGUUUUCGAGCUCUAAGUACUCGAAAUUGCAGUGUUCUUUGAAGCUCUUGUGUAGUUUUGAUGAUUUGGUUCAGCGAAUGCGGUUUUAUUUGAGUUUGGGGAGUUGCAAGGAGGUUUUCGAUUCGAUGAUUCAAGUAGCCAAGAGUAUUGAUGAAGGGAGGUUAAAGAUGAAGGUGCAUUGCCCUUUAGUGACUGAUGUUGGACUGAGAAAGAAGGCCACUAAAGUCCUUAUGAGUUAUAAUCCAAUCUGGCUUCGAAUUGGAUUGUACGUUAUAUUUGGGGGUGACUCUUUGUUGUCGGACCGAGAAGUUAACUCUGAUGAGGAAGUCGCAUUUUUGAAAAUGAUUAUUGAGAAGCAACUGUUUGCACAUACUGGUCUAGCGAAAGAGUAUGCUUAUAACAAGAAGGUUGAGGGUCUUUACCGACCGGGUUAUUAUGAAGCUUUGGGGAAUGUCAUAUUGAAGAGGUUUCUGUUGCUUGUUCUUAUUCUGGAUAGAGCUAAAUCUCAAAGCAGUCUUUCUCUUAAGUAUGGUCUUGAUGGAGUGGAUGGGGGUUCUCCUUUAUUGUUUAUGGUACAGUCUAGUAUCAAAUCAAGUCAUCAGGUGAUCCAUGAUUUUUUGUCAACUGAUAUCAUGCUUGGAGAAGGUAACGUCUCAGCACAUCUGGUGGUUUUAGGAUAUAAAGUAUCUCAUCAACAGUCUCCGAUCGUGGAUUUUGACUUUCGAGUUACAGAUUUAUUUGUUGAUCUUCAAGACGGGUUGCGCCUCUGUAGAGCGAUUCAGCUUUUGAAGGAUGACUCAUCUAUCCUAAUGAAAAUGGCUGUUCCAUCAGAUACACAUAAAAAGCACCUGGCAAAUUGUGGCACUGCCCUGCAGUAUCUUAAGGAGGCUGGUGUUGUUUUACAUGAUGAUGAUGGAAUGAUGAUUGUAGAAGAUGAUAUUGCUGAUGGGGAGAAGGAACUUACUAUUUCCUUGCUUUGGAAUAUGUUUGUUCAUUUGCAGCUACCUCUUUUGGUCAAGAAAACAGCAUUAGCUGAGGAAAUAUGCAAUAUUCGAGGAAAUAUGGAUAGCUUCAUUAAUGCUGAUUCUCCUCCACUGGAACUGCUUUUAAAUUGGAUUCAGGCAAUUUGUGAAAUUUAUGAUUGCAAGAUCGACAGUUUUUCUUCAUUGGUCGAUGGAAAAGCCAUAUGGUGCCUGCUGGAUUAUCACUUCCGUAAGCAACUUUGUUGUGCUUGGUCAUCGAAGGAUCCUAAUAAAUCAAGUCACGAAGAAUCAAUCAUGUUAGCCACCGAAUAUUCAGAUGCCGUGCACAACUUUUUAUUAUCACAGAAAUUGAUGUCACUAUUGGGAAACUUUCCAGAGGUUCUGCAAAUUAGUGACAUUCUUGAGUAUAAUGGUGUACCUAAUGAUCGUAGUGUGGUGAUCCUGUUGGUGUUCCUUUCUUCUCAACUGAUUGGGAAGAAAAACAUGGGUCAGUUAAACUUUCAUAAACUAUUAGGCUGUGAUUGUCAAAGUUCAGAGCGAAUAUGCUCUGUAAGACCUGAACCAGCACAGAUCCAAAAAGAAACACGCGUUCAGUGUACUGAAGAUACAGGUUCUGUGAAAAACUUUAAGGCUAUCCAGGCUUGGUGGCAAGAUAUGGCUGAAAGGAACCAUAAAUUUCCAAAACCAUUAGCUCCUACUUUGCAGAACUUCUCUACAAAUGAAGAUGAAAUUAACAUUUCAAGAGUAAAUGCUACAAAAAGGAUUCAGUCAGUAUUACUUAUUCAACGAGCUGCAAGAAAUUGGAUCAUGCAAAGACAUCAGGAUAGAAGUAUGGUAACUCAUAAUGCACGCAUUCACGAUCAAGCAAAUGCUGCUAUUGUUGUCCAAAGAUAUACUCGUGGGUGGCUUGCAAGAUCGAGAUGUAUUCAUGGGGGCUCUCUCAUACAUAAAUCCUCAAGUAUAUUUCAGGAAAAUGGUGCACUAGAUGUUCGAACAAAGGCAGCAGUUAAAAUCCAACUUGCUUGGAAUUUUUAUGUCUGUCUUCACAAUAAGCACUUGGCUGCUAUUAAAAUUCAAAGUCAUUUUCGUAGUUGGCUAUUGAGGAGGAGGUUUCACAUUCAAAGGCAAGCAACAAUAAAAAUCCAAAGUGUUUUACGGAUGUCAAGAUGUUUGAAGGCUUAUCAGCAAUACAAAAUUGCAACUGUGUCAGCCACUAUCAUUCAAUCUUAUGUACGUGGAUGGGUUGCGCGAAGAGAAGCUGAUCAACGUAGGCAUCUCAUUGUUACUAUCCAAAGAUACUGCCGUGGUUGGUUGAGAAGGAGGUAUUUCUUAUGCCAAAGAAUAGCUGUAGUGAAGAUCCAAAGUGCUAUUCGAUGCCUGCUAUACUGUCAGGCAUUUCAACAUCAUAGACAAGCUGCAGUGGAAAUUCAACGGAUAGUCAGGGGGAAGAUUAGUCGAAGUAAUCUCUUAGGUGCUUCAUGUCUACACCCUGUCAUCCCCCAUGGUUGUCUUUUAAAGAUCACGAGUGCCUUCUAUAGUAGUGUCGAACUAAAUAUAGUGUUCUGCUCUGUGUUGAAAUUGCAAAGGUGGUGGAGGAGUGUCCUGUCGCUAAAACUAAGAACAAAGUCUGCGGUACUUAUUCAGUCUCAUAUUCGAGAGUGGUUUGCUAGGCAAAAGGCUUCUAGAGAGAGGCAUUGUAGUGUUGUGAUACAAUCAUACUGGAGAGGCUACCAGGCACAGAAAAAAGAGUUGAGGGAACAGCUAAAACUAAGAACAAAGUCUGCAGUACUUAUUCAGUCUCAUAUUCGAGAAUGGCUUGCUAGGCAACAGGGUUCUAGAGAGAGCCAUUGUAGUGUUGUGAUACAAUCAUACUGGAGAGGCUACCAGGCACGGAAAAAAGAGUCAAGGGAACAGCUAAAACUAAGAACAAAAGCUGCUGUACUUAUUCAGUCUCAUGUUCGAGAAUGGUUUGCUCGGAAAAAAAAGGCUUUUAGAGAGAGGCAUUGUAGUGUUGUGAUACAAUCAUACUGGAGAGGCUACCAGGCACGGAAAAAAGAGUCAAGGGAACAGCUCAAGGAUUUACGCUUGAGAGUGCAGAAAUCUUCUACUAGUGUGGACGAUAGCAUGCGUAUUAUCAACAGACUUGUUGCUGCACUUUCAGAGCUACUAAGAAUGAAAAGUAUCAGCAACAUUCUUCAUACUUGUUCCACUUUGGAUAUGGCUACAAGGUAUUCUCAAAAAUGUUGUGAAAGACUCGUGGAUGCUGGAGCUAUCAAAACUUUGCUGAAGCUCAUUCGCUCAGGCAGCCGAAGUAUACCAGAUCAGGAGGUUCUAAAGCACGCACUGUCAACUCUAAGAAACCUUGCUCGCUAUCCACACUUGGUUGAAGUACUAAUUGAUUGUGAAGGGUCUGUAGAAACUGUUCUCUGGGAGUUGCUAAGGAACAAGGAAGAAGGUUAUUUCAUUGCUUCUGAACUUCUGAAGAAGAUAUGCUCUAGUCAUAAAGGUGCUGAAGCUGUACGCAAGUCACCUGCCCAUUUGAAAAGGCUGCGCAGUCUUGUGGAGGAACUUGGAAGGAAGUCAUGCAAUGAGAAGAGGAAUGCCCGAUUCGCAAAUGCUAGAGAGAAUACAGAGAGAAGACUAAAGGAGGCUGUUGUGAUUCUGAAAAUGGCAACAGAAAGUUAGCCUUUUGAACUUGCAGCAUUGUGUAAAAACCUUGUUUGGCAAGCUGGGUUUGGGUUUGUGUGUGUGUAUGUUUGCCAUUGAAUUUACAAGUUCAAUGGGAAUGAAGGACAAGAAUUCUGAAUGACAUUUAGGGAUGGUAAAAAAGCCGCGGUAACGACUAACGACUAGGCAGUAAAUGGUUAAUGCAGGAAGUAGUGAAAUGAACUGUCGCAGACUGCCGACUGUGAUUUUCAGUCUAUUUUCUUCGUCUUAAAGUUCAGUGUGUAUCAUACUCUAUCAUCUCAAUGCACAUGACUUGAGUGAACUGGUAAAGCAAAAAGGACACUGAUCUGUUUCCGGUCCCCAUGACACAUGUGAGUGCCGCCCACAAUUUAUCUUCUUGAUUUCAGAAAAAAUAUCUAGCACAAAUUAUUGAAGAACCAUAUCCCAUGAAUGGUCAUUUCUCCCGUUUCGUGGAUUGCACAAGUUACUAGAGUACGGGAUGUGGAUAAGAUGGUGAAGGGCACCAAUACUUG